AUGGCUAGUGAAGGUAAUGUCUCAAUCAUCGCUAGAGAAAGAACCAGCGAAAAAGAAUCAUCUAAAGAUGAGCAAAUUCAAAUGCUGAAAGAAAUGAAUGAAAGAUUGUUAGCCUUACUAGAAGCUCAAGGAGCUAGUAAGGGUGAUGAAGAGGAAAAGUUUUACAAAAGAUUAGCUUCUCAUCAACCUCGUUUCUAUGAUGGGACGGCGAACCCUGUUAAGUUCGAGGAUUCGGUAAAUCAUAUGACCAAAUUGCUGGAUGUGGUGAGUUGUCUAGAGCACCUGAAGGUCAAAAUGGCCUCCUUCUAUUUAGAAGGACCUGCUGAUAUUUGGUGGAACACCACUAAAGGAAUUUCCAAGCAGUUUAACUUCAGCUGGGAAAAGUUCAUUGAAAAAUUGAAAGACAAAUUCUUCCCUCUGGCUUUGCGGAGGAUUAAGGAAAAUGAGUUCCUAUCUCUAAGACAAGCUAAAAUGUCUGUGUUGGAAUAUGCAGCAAAGUUCUUAGAAUUAUCACAAUUUGGCCCAGAUUUUGUGGCAAAUGAAAGAAUCAAAUCUAUGCGAUUUUUUGAAGGGUUGAAUUUGAAAUAUCAGGAUCGGGUAGGGCCAUAUUCCACUUUCGAAGAACUUUAUGAUAGGGCCUUGGAACAAGAGCGGAUCGAGAUGAAGGAUGAAGAAUAUCGAAAGAGGAAAAAUGGGGGAAAGAGUAAAGCAGAGAAUGUAAAAAGAGUCAAGAAAGAAGAGGGAACUGGAGUAACUUUUAAACCUCAAGGGGGAGGUGAAAAGAUAAACAAGUCAGAAUGGAAGUGCAGAUUGUGUGGAAUAAAUCAUUACGGGAGAAAUUGCGCUGGGGAGUUGAUUUGUUUUAAGUGUAGAGGUACGGGACACAAAAUCGGGGAGUGUCCAAAAGGAGCAGGGGAUAGACGCUUUAAUUCAGGAAAUAAUCGGGAUGGUAAGCCAUUGAUGCUGACGGCAGGUGCGGGUAGCUCCAGCCGUGGAAAUAAAGGAGGGUUUAACGGGGCUUAA